CUCCCCUCCUCUCCCUGCCUGCGCGCGCGUCUUCCUCCAGCACGCGCCGCCGCUAGCUUAGCACUGUUGCUGGAGCCUGUGGCCCGCGCGUUCCUUUUCCCCCCGGCUGUGGAGCAGGCGGGAUCUUGCACCGCCGUCGGGGCAGCCAGAGCUAGUUAAGGCAGCGGCACGCGAGCCCCAGGGCGGAGCGUACCACCGCUCGACAGCACGCGGGGGGAGCCGCCCGCCCCGCCUCACACGCCUCGGCGACCCCGCGGGGCUGAGGCGUCUGCGCGCCCGGCAGCGUGAGCGCAGAGCCGGCCUCGACCCCGAGCUCCAAGCGGCCGCGCCCGCCGCCGGCCCCACCCAUCCGGGCCGAGGAGGCCGCGGCCAUGGCCGAGACGGAGGAGCGGAGCCUAGACAACUUCUUUGCUAAGAGGGAUAAGAAGAAGAAGAAGGAGCGGAGCAGUCGGGCGGCGAGCGCCGCAGGCGCGGCGGGCAACGCGGGCGGGAGCAGCGGAACGGCGGGCGGCGGGCCGGGCACGGGGACCAGGCCGGGCGACGGCGGGACGGCAGGCACAGGGUCCCGGCCGGGCGAUGGAGGGACCGCAGGCACGGGGGCCACGGGCCCCGGGGCCGCCACCAAGGCCGUGACGAAGGAUGAAGAUGAAUGGAAAGAAUUUGAGCAGAAAGAGGUUGAUUACAGCGGACUCAGAGUUCAGGCAAUGCAGAUAAGUGAAAAAGAAGAAGAUGACAAUGAAAAGAGAGAAGAUCCAGGUGAUAACUGGGAAGAAGGAGGAGGUGGUGGAGGUAUAGAAAAAUCUUCAGGUCCCUGGAAUAAAACAGCUCCGGUACAAGCGCCUCCUACUCCAGUAGUUGUUACAGAAACCCCAGAACCAGCAAUGACUAGUGGUGUGUAUAGGCCUCCUGGGGCCAGGCUAACCACAACAAGGAAAACACCACAAGGACCACCAGAAAUAUACAGCGACACACAGUUCCCAUCCCUGCAGUCCACUGCCAAGCAUGUAGAAAGCCGAAAGUACUUAAAAUGAAUGCUACCUGGAGUUAAUGACCACAUAUGGCACAUCUACAUCUUAUUUAGGGACAUGAAUUUUAAAAAAUAAAUAAAAUGGGAAGAAAUGUAAAUGACAUCAGAUGGAAAUUUUUUUGGGUGGCUUUUAAAGUAAAUCCCAGCCUUUCGCCUCUUUGAGAGCACAGCUGGCUUGAAUUUAAACCUCCACUUGGACUUUGCUCCUCUGCUCUCCUACAGAAUGCGUAAGGGACUCUGAGAGGGGAGUGACUCACCACACUCAGCUUUCUUUGCCUGAUCUAGUCCGACCCCUCACAAACAAAAGUGGGGAGAAAUCAUUGAAUGAUGAGAACUUUACUUGAAUGAGAAAAUUGUUACCCUUACCUUAUGCAUAAAGAAAGAGAUGUAUUGUCUACUAAUUGCUAAAUCUAGAAGUGAGUCCUAGGAGGAAUCUCAUUGCACAGCUUCUUUCCAGCUGUCUUCAAAUGGUCCCCAAACAGGUUUGCAGUUAAUGCUAUUCAGUAGAUGGGACCAUAGAGCUUCAGUACAGUAUUACCUUUUCUGUUCAAUUGAAGCCUUAAAAUGGUUUGAUAAGAAUUUUAUAUACCAGUUCUCCUUUUCUGUCCCUCCCCAAGAUAUUUAGGGGUGGCCUUUCCCCCCACCCCACCCCCAAGGAAGAAUAUUUUCAAAAAACCCUAGUGAAGAAUAUUUACUGAUUACAUUUCUUUUCCCUUAGGGAUAAAGAAAUGGAGAAGAACUUUGAAGUAGUAAGACACAAAAAUAGAGGUAGGGAUGAGGUUUCAAAAAACCAGGCCCUUAAACUUCAGCUAGACAACCAGUAUGCUGUGCUUGAAAAUCAGAAAAGCAGCCACACACAGUACAAUUGAGGAAUGGUCUUUGCUAACCCUUCUGAGGUAACUAGACCACUGCUUAUCACCAUGAACCUUUCAUCCGAUCUCUGUUGGACCUACAGCAGCUGAUGCAGACCCCUCGGUUUAAGUGACUGGCUCUGUUGCACUGUGGAAGUUUAAAGUGUCACAACUGCUCUUUAUGUAUACUGGAUUUAGGAGAGCUUCCAUUGUUAUAUAAAUGUGUGGACUAGAUUCAGCAGUGUUAUUUCAUAAUUGCUCUGCAAAUACAAAAAACCAAAACCUGCAGCAGUGGUCAUUUCAAAAAUCUUUUUAUGUUCAGAUACUGAGCCUUCGUAAGGGUUGACUACCUCAGAUUUGCUGCACUCAUUGUGGACUUCAUGUGGAUCACAACUUCUGGAUAAGAAGGUUACAGCUAUUAAGGUGUCGAUAUGAACCUUGAAACCAGCUCUACUGGAUUCCUAUCAGAAAUCCUGCAGAAAGUCAGCCAUCUGGGUUCUGAUCUGCUGUAAAAGAUGAAGAUUUAAGUGACCUUAAUUAACCUGUCCUGUCCCCCACCCUAAGGAAUACUCUGUAGUAGGCUGUGGCUAUAUUAUACUUCCUGGAACAUGCCGCUCAAAAGAACUGUGUUCAGAUCAUCUAUGUAGGGCUGUGAAUUAUAAUUUAAGUUUUUAGUUAUAGUCUGAGGUAAACUACAAUUGAAUUCAACCAAACUUGGGUCUACCAAGUGGGAAAAGGGGUGGGGGAAGGAAUAAUCUCGUUUCUCUUAGUCAUUUUUUAUUUGGAUAGUGCUUUUUCUGUGUUCCACAUUAAGGCCUUUUUUGCUUUGACUUGGAAUAAGUUCUUUGACAGCAUAUUGCUUGGUUAGGUAAGUAACCUGAAAUAUGCAUUAGAAUUGUGAAAUGUCUCCUGAAUUUGCCAAUCCCUGGAGUGGAACCAAAUAGCCUUUGACAUAAGGGGCAGCAAAUGCUGGACACUCUACUUCAGGUGCUGCUAAAGCCUCCAAUCAGGUCUAAAUUUACAGUACACUGCUGUGGAGACAGCGGUUUCUACUCAAACUAAGGGAUUCAAGCAAUGUGAGCAAAACCACCCACAAUCCGUUUAAGUGUCCUGGAUCUUGUAUGGGUGUUGAUAAGAGUUCCUUACAUACCUGUGUCCAAACUUUUAAGGUAUUAAAACAUUCUAAAGAUACAGUGAUUGUCCCCACUAGCUCUGUUACCAGCCUUUUAGAGUGUCUCUAAUAGUGUUCAUUUAGAAAGGCAGGGCAAAAGACAGUGAUAUAGCCCUGCUGUUUUUAAUAAUUACAGCUUAAGCUAUCCACUAGUACUUAGUCCUUAAAAGGGACUUGUGGAAGUGCCCCAGGAUUACUGAGACAUUUCUUUCUACCUAAUGAGACAGUCUAGCAAAUUUCCUAGUUUUAUAUCUGUGAUUCAGUAGAAAUAUUUGUAGUGGUGUGUGACCACUUGAUGCAGAGCCUGGGUUUUUCUGUAAUAAAUCCAUUCACCAAAGGCAGGAGUUGUGGGCUUGCUGCUGGCAGGUGUGAAGUACAUGAGUGAAGGCAGCUGUCCUGGUAUGGGGCCAUUCUCUGUAGGAGUUUGGUCUUGGUGAAUAUGUUGGUGCAGGAAUUGGACUUUUAGGAGGGCUAUAGUAUCUCCUGACAGCACCUGCCUACAACUUCUGGGCAAUAAUGUUGGUAUUUGAGGUGGCAGGUAGGACACCUGCCUUCUGAUUUAUUUGGAUGAGUAGCUGAGCCAGUUGCGGGGAGGUAGGAUGAUUAAAGGAGACUUUUAAAAUUCUUGGUUAUACUGAAGACAUGAUUUGGGAGCCAAAAACCUUAACAAGUAAUCUCUUGGACCCUGAGCCACAUAUUUUCCUUAAAGUAUGCGUUUUUCCCACAAACUUUUGUUGGGUUAUAUUGUUGAGGAAUGAACUGAGAUGAAUAUGAGGUGGUUUUAUUUAAUGGCAUACUGUACUGGAAAUUUUGAAGACCUGCAGCAGACUUAAAUUCCAACUCUUGUUAUAAUUUUAUAAGAGAUUGUGAAAUUCUCAAAAUGCAUAUGAAUCAAGUUUUAAUAUACUGUAUGAUGGGUUGAUGAGGCUGUCCAUUAUACCAUUUCCUUCUUUGGAUUCUCAGGCAUGGUUUGGCAGUGCGAGAACUCUGUAACAUUAACAAAUUCAAUAAAAAGUAAAUGUAUGGAUCA